UCGGACCGGAGCAGUCGACGCUGAUGCUGCACCCGUACCUGCCGCACGUCACCAAAGCCGAGCUCCACUGCUUCCUGACGUCGGGCUUCGCCAGCAUGUCGUCCGUCAUGCUCGGAUCGUACAUCACGCUCGGAGUGGACACCCAGCACCUGGUCACUGCGGCUGUGCUGGCCGCGCCGUCGUCGCUGCUCCUCUCCAAGCUGCUGUUCCCAGAAACGGAGGAGCUGCGCGUUGUCACCGUGCGCAUUUACACGCACAGCAGCACGGACACCAGCAUGCUGGAGGCGGGCGCCAAGGGCGCCAUAGCGUGCCUAGCCCUAGUCGGAGGCAUCCUCGCCAACAUCGUGGCCUUCAUGGCGUUCAUCCACUUUCUCAACGCCGUCUUCCGGUGGGCCGCCGAUGUUAUGGGCCUGAGGGACGUCACGUUCGAGAAUGUGCUGGGCCGGGCGUUCACCCCGCUGGCACUGAGCAUGGGCGUGCCAUGGCAAGACUGCGCCGACGUGGGCGAAGUUAUCGGCAUCAAGGUGGUGGCCAACGAGUUCAUCGCCUACCAAUCGCUGCUCGCCAAAAAGCUCGACGCCCGCUCCGCGAUGCUGGCCACGUACGCGCUGUCUGGCUUCGGCAACCUGUGUUCGAUGGGCGUCAUGCUGGGCAGCCUGGCCGCGCUGUGUCCGCGUCGCCUGUCCGACGCCUCCGAGUUGGCCGUCCGAGCGCUGUGGGCCGGCUGCUCGGCAAGCAUACUCAGUGCCUGCGUAGCCGGCAGCCUCACCGACACAUGAGACCUGGAAGAACGCUUCCUUCGAUAGAUGUUUGUUAAACGCUUUCCACCAAUCUCAUCACAGAAGACGAAGACCAUCACAUUCACUUCGCGAAGCAUUCUCGAGCAUAAUUGUUUAUUGCGAGUUUUACUCGACACCGUUCUUAACGGAAAAGGGCUGGGUGUACUUAUUUGCCACGUCCAACGUACAAGACAUGGCACUGUACAGAAGGACUAUCAUUAUAUAAUGAAUGAAUCACGAAGUUCGCAUGA